GUCCACAACACCUCGGGGUGAAGACACACAGAUCCAGCAAGAGAUUCCCGCUCCAAGAGACCCUCACACCAAGAGACCCUCACACCAAGGAAUCUUCCGGAAGCGAUCGGAACAAGACAGACAAAACAUGAGCCUGCCCUCCACCUUCGACAACAUGUUCAAGGACGACCCCUUCUUCAGCCAAGGCGGCCUGCUCGGGGCCUUACCCCAGAGACCUACGGCGGCCGCCUCGCUUCUCCAGAACGACUUCUUCAACAGGGGGGCUGAGAUGACCCAGAGCCUCAUGAAGGAGCUCCAGCAAGGCCUUCCAGGGGAGUUGUUCCAGCUGGGAUCCCCUCUCCUCAGGCAGAGGGCCAUGGAGGCCCUGGAUCAGGGAGAAGGACCCUCCGCGGAGCUGGUGGAGGCAGAUCCAAGCAGGGGGCGAAGCGAUCUCUCUGUGACCCUGGACGCCCAGGGAUUCCUCCCCGAGGAGAUCAAGGUGAAGCUGGAGGGGCGGAGGCUGGCGGUGGUGGCCAUGAAGAAGGCCCAGGCGGAGGAGGUCCAGUCUUCCUCCUCCGCGACGUCCUUCUCCUCCUUCUCCUCCUCUUCCUCUCAGCAGAAGGGAUUCGCCCGAAAGUUCGACCUCCCCGCCCACCUGGACCUCAGCGCUCUGUCCUGCUCACUUGGGGAGGACGGAAAGCUCCGGAUCCAUGCCCCCGCAGCCCUGCAGCCAAUCAGUGACAAACCCCAGGCCCAGCAACCUAUCAGUGGUGAGCCCCAGGCCCAGCAACCAAUCAGUGAUGAGGAUCAGGGCCCCGCCCGCUUCAGAACAUGUCUGGACAUCCCGAUUACGAAGAGCCAGACAGAGGAUGCAACCCUCACAGCUUAAGAACCUAGACUGACCAGGGAGACUGGACAGUGUAGUUUACUGCUGAUGCUAUGUCAAUCCAAUGGACUGUUUUACCUUGUAAAUGUUAUUUAUAUGAACUGUUUUGAUUAAACGCUAUUGAUUUUCAA